AUGCUCCUGGAUCUCUGUGGGCCAUCGUUCUUGGCCAAAUCUAAGCAUGGCAGAGACCAACUCCUCUCCGUUGCGAUACAGGAAGGUCAUUUGGAUGUCCUCAAACUCUUCAUCUCCGAGGGCUUCGAGAACACGCGGGGAAGAAAUCACAUGUUGAACGUGGCGAUAAAUGGUGCACCUUCCUCUCUGCAAUGUCUCAUUGAGGCGGGGUUCGAGGUGAAUAGUACUCAUGGCUACAACUUUCCUUUGCUAGCUGCGACAAGUGAAAACCAGCUUGAGAAAGUGAAGCUGCUUCUUGAGGCCGGGGCCGACCCCAACUGGGAAGCAUUUGAGCUCUCAAGACUUGGGGAGGACCCUAAUGACCCACUACAUACGGCGGCCUCGAAUGGUUGCCGCGAGAUAGCACAAUGCUUACUGGAGGGAGGUGCACGUUAUCAUCGCGAUGGAAUAUUUGACGCUAGAGGGAUAGCUAGGCUUGCUUGCAAUGGCCAAGAGCGAAUCGCAAUAUUGAUCAUGGAUUCCAUUGAUUUCGAGUCGGAAUUGGCGGAUAGCGACGACGCGAUGCGCGGUCACUGGGUCACGCUGGCAGCAACGGUUGGCGACGAACCCCUUGUCCGGCGACUUCUAGCCAUAGGGUCUGAUAUAAUCGAUGAGAAUGAAUACUGCGACAGUAUUGAAUUUCCGGCUCUCACACAAGCUGCACUCCAUGGACAGGCGGCUAUCGUGAGAAUCUUGCUUGAUGAAGUUGGGAAAUCAAAUCCCGAAAGCCUGGCAAAUGCCUGCUUCGCUGCGAUAGAAGGUGCCGUACAAGGCAACUAUCUAUGCAUACUAUCAGAUGCCUUUGAUCGCGGAGGCGACGACCUGAUUGAAUCUCGAGGGUAUGAUAUGCUUUCGUGUGCAAUCGAGAGACAAAACGAGGAUGCAUGUGAUUUUCUGGUAGAAAAUAAGGUACUGGACAUUGGUAUCCGAGGGGAUAAUCCGAAACGUCUUCUACCAAAAGCCCUCAAAUCCGGAAAUUAUACUCUCGUGUUGCAAAUCCUCAACCAAUCUCAAUUCAGCCUCUUUGACUUUGUUGACGAGCCCAAGGGCACCGCUGUGUUACAACUAGCAGCAAGAUAUGGACCGGUGGAAGGAUUUGAACGUUUACUCGGUCUAGGCGUGGCUCUUGACCCACAAAAUACGUUAUGCGAGAUUGCUCUAGUUCAGGCUGCUGAGGCAAACCACCCACAUAUCAUCAAGCAUUUUCUCGACAGCGGAUAUGAUGUGAAUGCCAUGUACUGUGCCAGAAUUGGUUCUAUAGCGCCGUUGCUCUUUCACGUUUCCAGGGGUAUAUCCCGAGGCAAUGAGCCGGGCGACGAACGCGCAAUUGCGACUGCACAGUUUCUGAUCGAUCAAGGUGCGGAUGUGAAUGCUUGUGGCCCUACAAGUGAAACCGCGCUCUGUGAAGCAGUGAGGCGUUGCAGAUUUGAUCUUGCCGCAAUGCUGCUUGAUCAAGGUGCAGAUCCUUUGAAAGGGAUUGAAAGAAACAAAAGUGCUCUACAGAGGACUAUCGUAUCCGCUAACCUUGAAUACGUGAGACUUUUGAUGGAUAAAUUGUCCAUUGAUGACCCUCGGUACCGCAGCUUUGUCAGGCAGAUUCCCAGUCACAUUAGCAAAUGGAACGUUAUCCCUGGCAGCAACAUAGGGAGAGACAGCAAGCACUGGUCAGAGGUUUGGGACAUAGACGAGGGUUCUGACAAAGAGAAAAAUACCAAAAGUCAUACUGAAGAUGAAACACAAAGCUUUAUCAUGGAGGCGCCUAAAGAUACCGAGUGGUGGUCCAGAUUUCAUACCAUCAAAGAAUUAGCCAGGUACUAUUGGCGAACGAUGUACCCAGCUCCAGAAUGA